CACGAACUGGCGCAUCCAUGGCCGCAGCUGUGCUCAACGAGUGUGCGAUCGCUUCAGUCGUGCUGCAGGGCGCAGCGGGUGCUGUGAAGAGACGCGCGACGUUUUCAGCGCAGCUCGAGGCCCAGCGGGACUCUGUCUGCUACCGAUUGCGAGCGGCUGAGCACGCGCCGAUCAGUAAAACGUUUGACUCUGGCACGGAUGAAUCCGAUUGGUGGGUUUGCUCCAGCGGGCCGUCGGAGGACCUUCCCGACGCGAUGACGUGCUUCAUCGCGCCAGACUGGAUGAACCUCCCUACAGGGUAUUGGAUCUGCUCGGACGCGCCCGCUCUUCAGUCGGGCAUCUCCGCGGACGACGCCUACUAGAGGGCGCUGGCAGCGGCAGCGGCUGCCAAUCGGCUGCCAAUCGUCUGUGGCGUUUGAUGACUUUAGCUUCUAGUCAAGCUUCUUCGGCCCGGUUUGUGGUCUGUCCCCAUGUGGAAUGGUGUGGUCUAGCAUAUGUCGCGUCCAGCAUGUGUGGUGUCUCUCUCUAAAGCGCGAUCAGCGCUGUGUCUACUUUCUAAUUCCCUGGGACCAGGGAUUUGAAGC